AUUAAUGUCUUUAUUUAUUGAAAAGGUUAAGUUUCCAUUAUAUUAUUUAUUUAACUAUUUCCCUUAUCUCUCUCUCAUUCACCCACCGCGUGACACUGACACCACACUCCCAAACUUCCUCUCUCUCUUACUACACUUCCUCUCCCUCCCUCUUCUCUGAUGCCAGAGCAAGAUAAAGCCCCUCUUCUUCUCAUCUUUUUUUCCUAGCCAUCAACAUUCAGCCAUCGAAUUGAUAGCGAUCAAUUUCAUUCAAAUACUUCAAAUCCAAAAUCCAAGCUUCCAACUUCCAUACAGUUGCCCACCCCCUUCACCUUCUUCCUCUCAUCUGCUCAUUACGGAAUUAUCUGUGUUCCUGAUUUUGACACCGACCACGCCCUGAAGAAAUUGCUCCAUAUUAGCGGGCGAUCAUCAUCCACAAGAGCGGCACUGUCCAAUGGUGGGAAAAAUGGUGGGUUUUACUUUUACCUCACUAGGGAUCUUAAUCCUCUUCACCGUAGCUCCGAUGAUGAUUACCGGCGGAAACAUUUUGGCCGGAGCGGCUGCCACCGGCGAACAGAGGGAGAGGGACAGGGUGGGGUCCUUGCCGGGUCAGCCAACCGGCCAUAACGUGGAGCAUUUCGCGGGCUAUGUUUCUCUUGGUCGCGGGCUGCCAUCAGAGAGGCAUAUUUUUUACUACUACGUCGAGGCACCGGCCGCAGCAGCUCAGGCUCCGUUGCUUCUCUGGUUUAGUGUGGCGGGGAUGCUUUGCUCUUCCCUCGGCCAAGGAGGGAUGCUUGAGGUGGGACCACUACGAGUUCAGCGAGAUAUGACGCUUCAAUGGAAUCAGUUUUCAUGGCACAAACAGGCGAACUUGUUGUUUGUGGACUUGCCGGCGGGAGUGGGAUUCUCAUACUACUCCGACAACGAGUAUACCGGCGGCACCAAUACAACUAAGGUCGUGGCCGACGAAGACAUGGUUGAAGAUGCAUUAAGCUUCCUGUCCCGGUGGUUGAGGCGGUUUCCGGAAAACCGAGCAAGGGAUUUGUACGUGGCUGGCGAGAGAUAUGGGGCUCGCUACGCUGUUCAUCUCGCUCUUUAUUCUCCUCCCAACAUCCGCAUCAAAGGACUACUGCUGGGGAAUCCACUAAUGGACUUGGAAUCGGCGUACAGGGGAUUUAUCGACUACCUCACCGCCUUAGGAAUGUUGAGUGAGGCCGGCCGCCACAACAUCCUCGUCUCCUGCGACCCACACUACAAAGGCUCGGUGCAGCCUUCUCCUUCCAACUGCGGGAUGGCCUUAAAAAAGGAGGCUCGACGCCUGGGUCGACUAGACGUUACAGCCCUUCACGAGCCACUUUGUGCAUCUACCAACCAUCCCACCUCCGGAGACUAUGUGGCGCGAUACAUGAACAUCCCCGCUGUCCAGGAGGCUCUCCAUGCCAACCUCACCGGCCGGGUUCCUGGCCCGUGGCUUCUCUGCAAUGACCGAAUUAGGACGCCUGUGGAGGAAAGUUGGUCGAUGAUUGCGGCGAUGAAGGAGGUGGUGGGCAGGGGAGGGAUGAAGGUGAUGGUUUUUAACGGCGAUGCGGGCGCCGAGCAGCCCGUGACUUCCACCAACUAUGCAGUGCGCAAGGUGUUCAAUGGGACGGCUCCGACGUCUUUCGGGCCCUGGUACGACUCCUCCGGUGUAGUUGGGGGCUACCUUUCCGUUUACGGCGCCGGAGAGAACGUGUUGUUGACCUUUGCUACUGUCCGCGGGGCCGGUGGCUAUGUCGCCAGCAAUCAGCCAUUGAGAGCCAAGGACCUCUUUGCGAGCUUCCUCAACGAAGGGAUAAAUUAGCCUACCGUAAUUACUAUUCGCUUAUGGAUGAGUUGACCUUACCUUGAGAGCUGAACUAUAAGCUAGCUUAGCUUGUAAUGCUAAUUACUGUUCUUAUUGAUUAGUUGUGUAACUGAUUGUGUAAUUCAAUGUUGUGUAUUAGCUGUGGAACUUAAAACUUGUUUGUUGCUUACCAACGUUAAGUAGUAGUUCAGUGUUAUGUUUGUUGUUAGAACAUAAAUGACACUCCACCGCGGCUUUUGCUUCCCUCUCGUCUCAUCAUUUCCUGCAAUCAGAAAAUCCCAUGUGGCAUAAGACGACUUCUUCCUCGAAUUCGGUAGACAUAAAGCUUGAGAAGAGAACUCAGGCAACCUUUUCCAAGCAAUGAAUUAAUCCACUAAAA